CAACAUGGACCACUCAAACAGAUGUAUUUACGCCAGACAAACCACAAGGACAUUGCAAAUCAGCUUAUUGCCCAGCUUGAUGAACAGCAUCUGCGGAAACUCAAGGACACUAAUGACAAUGAUCCAGAUGACAUCAAUGACCCUGAGGACACCGAAAACAUUGGCACAUCAUUUCAGGGCCAUAUCUAUCUCGGUUCUCCUCAACACCCUAUGAGUUUUGCUGAUGUGGAGCAAGCAAACAGCUCAUUGUGCACUUUUGACCAAUUUCGCAAGAAAUUUUUGAUAUUCAUCAAUGAAUUCCUUCCUGCCCACAACAUACCAUUGCCUGAUGGGAUGACGUGGUUGAGGCCGGCAGCUCAGGACAAGCUACAAGAAUAUCGCUACCUCAAGGUACACUACGAGUCCAUCGUUGACUGGAAGCUUGCAACAGACUAUCUCCAUUGCAGUCCAAGCUUCCAUGGGCAUGAGCGCCAUGAUUGCGCACUAAUUCAUACUCACAACAAGAACGGCAACACCAAAAAUAUAUUUGCACAAAUCUUGUUCAUGUUCAAGUAUACUGACCUGCGCUUUACUCGGCUGCAUGCAUGGCCUGCAGCAUCUUCAGAGUUCCUUUCCAUUCAUUCAAUCAUUUGUGGUGCUUUGCUCAUUCCAGAUUAUGCCAAUCCUCAUCGAGACUUCUUUCUUGUUGAUGUUGUUGAUUCUGACAUGUUUCUGCGCUCCCAGAAAAAUGUUUUAAUAUAG